CGUCAACAAAUAUCAAUAUAUACGAGGGCGGUGACGUGUUGUCGUCGCUUCCAGAUCCUUCUUUUAAUUCUCUGAAUUUUCUUAUUUGCCUAACAAUCUCUUUCGAGUCUCACCUACCACAACCUGAGUUAUGCUUUAGCUGUUCAUAAAACUCUCUCCAGAAAAAUUAUUGUUGUAUCCGCUGCUGUGUAUCUUCUUUCAUUAUUCUUUUGCCAAGGAGUCAAGGAAUUUAAAGAGAACAUUAUGGAGGAAUCAAAUGCAGCAAGGUAUUGGUGUCAUAUGUGCUCUCAAAUGGUCAAUCCUAUCAUGGAUGUGGAAAUCAAAUGCCCCUUUUGCCAAAGUGGAUUUGUUGAAGAAAUGAGAAACGCCACCAGUCGCAGCGACAUUCACAAUAUGCCAGAAGCUGAUUUUGAAUCUGAUCGGGCUCUCUCCCUUUGGGCACCCAUCUUGCUAGGCAUGAUGGGCAAUCCACGUCAUCCUCAAAGACUGAGGCAAAUAGAGAAUGAUGAUUUUGAUAAUGGUAAUCGCGAUGAUGUUGAUGGUGUAGCAGACCAUGGUGGAGAAACUGCUUAUGAUCAAGAGCUUGAGUCCAUCCUUCGCAGAAGGAGAAACUCAGCUACCAUUCUACAAUUGCUCCAAGGUAUAAGAGCUGGACUGGCAUCUGAAUCAUAUGAGAAUUCGGACAGCGAUAACCAUAACAGAGAAAGAGAGCGUGUAAUCUUGAUCAAUCCUUUAAAUCAGACUAUUAUUGUCCGAGGUUCCUAUGAGUCAAACCGGGCUCAAAGUGAUAAUCAUAGCCCCGUUGGGUCUCUGGGUGAUUAUUUCAUAGGGCCUGGUUUGGAUUUAUUGUUGCAACAUUUGGCUGAGAAUGAUCCAAAUAGAUAUGGAACUCCACCUGCUCAGAAGGAGGUCAUUGAAGCAUUACCUACUGUGACAAUCAAUGAUAAUUUGCAGUGUUCUGUGUGUCUGGAUGCUUUUGAAGUUGGUUCUGAAGCUAAAGAGAUGCCUUGCAAACAUAGGUUUCAUAGUGGGUGUAUCCUGCCCUGGCUGGAGCUUCAUAGUUCUUGUCCGGUAUGCAGGCUUCAGUUGCCAGUCGAUGAAUCUAAGCAAGACCCUGACGUGUCAAGGAAUAGCAGAAACCGAAGGGAGGAUGGGAAUAUUGAGCAUGACAAUGCUGAAGAAAGAGAUGGUGAAGGAAGAAAUGCAAGUGGGGGUAGAAGAUUCUCGUUUCCGUGGCCUUUCAAUGGAUUAUUUUCUUCUUCGAACUCUUCAUCCUCUUACAGUUCCAAUGCAAACGGAAAUGAUACCCAAUCAGAUGAAAAUUGAGCAUUCUUGCUUGUCUGUUGUGCUAUUCAUAUGCUGCCUUGCUUUAUGUACAGUUUUCGACCAAUCGGAGGAUCCAAUGUUGAGAGAACAAGUUCUGAUUUUUCACGUGGCUUUGCUUUUGCAAAUUUUUGUGCUUCCUAGAAUUCUAGUUGUUGCUAUAGUUCCUUCUACUUUUACCACUCAACUUGGUUCUCGUGGUGGUUUUAUUUCUCCAUUGCAUUAACUUGUACCAUAUGUACAUAUACGUUUAAGCAUGGGUUUGAUACUUAGAUAGACUCGUAAUAUUCAAUUUUGUAGUCAAUAGCUCAUGGAUAGUAUUGGUUGUAAAGCUUGUUGCACGGUUGAAUUUAGCAAUUGAUCAAAUCAAACUUGUGGAUGAA